AUGAGCCCUGGCAUCAAACUCAUCGCAGAGGUGGAGUUCUCGUACCCACCUUUGUUGCCCGAUGAAGGUCACGACAGCAACCUCCUGCCCGAGGAGUGGAAGUACCUCCCUUUCCUGGCUCUGCCUGACGGAGCGCACAACUACCAGGAAGAUACGGUGUAUUUCCACCUUCCACCGCUCAGUGGAGACAUGAAGUGUGUCUACGGAGUGUCCUGUUAUCGACAAAUAGAAGCAAAGGCCCUGAAGGUCCGACAGGCUGACGUCACCCGAGAGACGGUUCAGAAGAGCGUGUGCGUCCUCAGUCGAGUGCCUCUCUACGGUCUGCUUCAGGCUAAGCUGCAGCUCAUCACACACGCCUACUUUGAGGAGAAAGACUUCUCACAGAUCUCGAUUUUAAAGGAACUGUACGAGCACAUGAACGGCUCCCUGAGGGGCUCCGCCCUAGAAGGCUCACAGGUUUAUCUCGGGUUAUCACCAAGAGAUUUAAUACUACACUUCAGACACAAGGUUCUCAUCCUUUUCAAGCUCAUUCUGCUGGAGAAGAAGGUCCUGUUCUAUGUGUCGCCGGUCAACAGACUAGUAGGAGCACUGAUGACCGUUUUAUCGCUGUUUCCAGGUAUGAUCGAGCACGGCCUGGUGGACUCGUCUCACUACAGGCCAAAGAGCAGCGUGUCCGAGGACCUGAGUCUGGUGGAGAGCGUCUCAGGAGCCGAGGAGUUCGUCUCCGUGUCAGUCACUGACAUCACGCUGGAGGGGGAGGAGCCAGUCCAGCCCACUGCAGAGUCUCUGUCCUCUGGGAACAGCACAGAGGACAACCACCUCCUCAAGCCCCCGUCACGCUCCUCCCCCGAGUCCUCAGAGAGCGACUGGGAGACCCUGGACCCGAGCGUGUUGGAGGAGAGCCCCCUGAAAGACGCAGCCGAGGGGAAGGAGGCGGGGUCUGAGCUCAGAGACGCCUUCGACUCGAAGCCGGGGACGCCCAUCACUGUGCAGCCGCAGUCCGCCAGCGGUCAGGGAGCGGUCGUCCAGGGUCUGGUGUCCGGUCUAGAGGAGGACCAGUACGGCCUGCCACUCCCCAUCUUCACUAAGGGUUACCUGUGUCUCCCCUACAUGGCCCUGCAGCAGCAUCACCUCCUGUCAGAUGUGACGGUGCGCGGCUUCGUCGCCGGGGCGACAAACAUCCUCUUCCGCCAGCAGAGGCACCUGAGUGAUGCUGUCAUUGAUGUUGAAGAAGGUAGCAUCCAGAUCCAGGACCCCGAGCUCAGAAAGAUCCUGAGCCUGACGACAGCAGACCUGCGGUUUGCUGACUACCUGGUCAAACAUGUGACGGAGAACAGAGAUGACGUUUUCCUGGACGGGACGGGCUGGGAGGGCGGAGACGAGUGGAUCAGAGCGCAGUUCACCCUCUACCUCCACUCUUUACUCUCCUCUGCAAUUCAGGAAGAUAACGAGAGACUGCUGGCGGACUACGGAGCGCCUUUCGUCUCAGUCUGGAAGAUCUCUCACAACUACAGAGUGUGGUACAGCAACAAGCACCCCGCCAUGGCUGCCAUCACACCGGGACAUCCGUUCCAGGGUCAGUACAGUGUGGCCGACGUGAAGCUUCGACUCUCACACUCCGUGCAGAACAGCGAGAGAGGCAAGAAGAUCGGGAACGCCAUGAUGACAACUAGCCGCAGCGUGGUGCAGACGGGGAAAGUAGUUGGUCAGUCAGUGGGCGGAGCUUUGACCAGUGCCAAGUCUGCCAUGUCCUCCUGGUUCUCCACGCUGGCUCCGCCUGCAGCUGUGACUCCGCCGGCCUAUCCAGAGACCGCCGUUGAGGCAAAACCCUGAAACCAAACCUCUCCACUCCACUUCUCUCUGACUUUGUCCUCGUCCUCUGAUCCUCCGGCUGAUGUGAGGCCUGAGGCUCAGCGGAGCGAGAGCUGCUCUUAUGAAGGAUGUGAGCAGAAAAUGAGUCAUCUUCAGAAUCAAGGAGUCUAAAAAUCAAACCUGGUAAGACACUCAGGACAGGAGGCGUUACGCUAACUGUACAGUCCCCAUCCACUGUGAGGCAGAAACUGCCGACGAUAAGGAUCAAAACACGGAAAUAUUGGCAGGCUGCAGCGUGUGUGACUGUCUGUUUGAUCUGGACGCUUUCUUGUUAGACACUACAAGAUGCUGUCGUUGGGUUUGCGGUGUUCACUCUUUGCUGCAUAUUUCUAGAGUUUGUGGAUAAAACUGUUUUACUGAGAUAUUACAAAUUUUAAUCAGUCUGUCACAGGAUUUCACAAAGAAGCAUGAGCUGAUACCUCUGAAGAUUUGAAUGGUUUAAUUUUAAAUUUGUCUCAUGUUCAGUGAUACCUCUGUGCUUACAUUGUGGUCGUCAUGGUAACAGCAUUACUUGCUCUGUGAGAUGUAACUGCAUGAAAGUACCUUCCUAUAUAAAAAAAAAAAAAGGGUCGUCAGUGUUAGCGCCUUAAUCAUGAUGUGGUUGAGACCUGAACAUUACAGAAAUGCAUUCUUUUUUUUAUAACAUUAAUCACUUGCCUUUUUGUCCCUUUCGGCACACCAUAGUUAGCGUCUUCCUGCUCUCACAGUGAUGGAAAAUAACGACCCAACUGUGCCUUUGAAUGGCCCAUUUUACUAUAAGAGCUCCUGGACCUGAAUGGUUGACAAGUCCAAAGUAAUAUCCACCUUUUGACAUCAAACACUUUUUUACUGUUCCUUUUAGCAGAUUUCAUGACUUUUUGAUCUGUCAAGACUUAUUUUUUGUUUUUAAAUUAAUGUCGUACUUAAUCUGCCCAAGAGUCUUUAUUUACCCUUAGCUUAAGACAGUUCAUGUACAAAAAUAUGAUAAAUAAAAGCAUGAACUUUAAAAGAAAUGAAAAAUAAUGGAAUUCCUAACAUGGGAUUAAGAAUGUGAUUAAUUGUGAUUAACUAUUAAAAUUCAGCGAUUAAUCAGGUUUUUUAAAAAUGUACCGUUUGACCGUCCUAGAAAAAAUACAUAAAACAAUCCAAGCAACUUAAAUGAGUCUGUAGGAAGCUUUUAUAGAUAAUGUUGUUUCAUUUGAUGAUAAUUUACUGUUAUUUGCUUCAUUUUGACAGUCACUGAGCUAAAGCUGACAAAACAAUCUUAUUUUGUUAGAUCAUUUAAAUAUCGUUUAUACAGUAUAUAUACAGGUUUACUGUAUAUUGGCGCCCCCUGUGGACAAACAGAACAUUUCACAUUUGAAUGCCGUACAGGUAAAUGCUGAGAUCAACAUCAUAAUCCCUCCACCUGAAUGCUGUUACUGUUACAACCACAAUGUUCAUACUUGAAUCCUUGUGUACCUGAUUGUGUGCAUUGAUAAACGUGAUGACCCUCCCCUUAAUCUGUGAAGGAAACCUGCACCCUGCUGUGUGUUAUCAGGGUGCCAUUAUCUCUCACCCAGGCCUUUUUGUACUGUCAGAAACAUAUAACAUAUUGGGAGACCUAUAUUUAGUAAAUCUGAAGCUAGUUUAAAGUCAGAUCUCUUUAUUUAUUUGUCGUGUACUCUCAUUGAUAUCCAUGUAUCGUCAUGACAACACUGGAACAAGUCCUGAUCUGUGGACCACUGUGUGUUUUUGCACAAAGCAGCUCUUCUAUUCUAUUUCUGUGGAUCUCUAUCUUGUAUACGUGUCAGUUUUGAGGUGUUUACAGGAUGUUUUUCCCUCCAUGAUACAAACAUUCAACAAGAGUUGAAUGAAAGUGGUCCAGUGAGCAUGCUCUGUCCAGUCCAGAUUUACAGCUGUAACGAGUGUCAUCUUUCUCUUUCAAACUUUUCACGUUUUCUUUUUGUUGUCAUGAUUUUAUCUUUCUUUCGCCAUCGACUAAUUUCUGGAAAUUUCUGUUGAUUUCUGGAUUAAGUUUGAUUACGAUAUCAGCUGUUAAAAGCUGUUAUGUUUUAGUUUUUUUUUAUCCUCUGAUGAUGCUUUUUUCAUUUUCUAUUUAAAAGAUUUGAAUGUAUGGUGAAUUGAAAAUUCACACAAUAUUUUCUUGACAGAUGCUUUUAACGUAUUUGAGAAGAAAGUGAUACUAUAUUAUAUUGCUGUAUUAAAAAGGAAUUAAAAACACA